UUUGUUUACUUGUUAGUGAGAGAGUGUGACAACACUGGUCAGCUCACUGUUAUACUACUCUCAGCAGGACUUGAGCACCCUUCUGGGUUUAGCGCUUACUUCUGAUUGUCGUAUUAAUAAUAUAGUGCUUUAAACUUAUUAUAAAUGUGUAAUUUAUAAUAAUAAUCAUAUUUGUACAUAUGAAUAUAAUAGUUGGGUGUACAUGCGGAAAUCCCCUUUAUAUGUAGAGUAUUUCAGGCAAACUUAAGAUUAAUAAGUCAAGUGUGUUACGGAGGAAGUUCACACAUUAGGUCAGCAACUGGCCUGUAUUACUGGGCCAAAAUCUUCUACCUCUUCAAAGUCUGUUUAAUUUCGUCAGUGCCAAGGCUACCAUGACAGUGCUUUCACGGAUCUGCAUGCGACAGCAGAUGCAGUUACCAUUACACCAACAUCUCCUCAGAUGCUCUGGGAAAGGAAAUAUAUCUCCAGUUACUGUCAUUACUCGUGGGCUUCGGCAGCCACGUGGAAGAAACAGAGAAGGUGGAAUGAAUCUGGCACCAAAAGGCUUUGUUGAGGCUCCUAAUGAGAACAAUAUGGGCCGUGGUUUAGCAAAAUGCUUUUUAUUUGCUGGUGGCUUUUGUAGCACUACCUUUGCUGCUGCAGCAGUAUGGAAAUAUGAAACAGUACGAUCCCGGCUAAAACAAAAUUCGUGGACGAACUGGGCAAAUAAGCAGUGGGAUAAUUUAGAAGGCUGGCAAAAUAAAGAGGGUGAAUUUCGUAAAGCAAUAAAUGUUUGGUGGAAUGGGCUUAGUGAAGGACAGAAGACGUUCUGGCCUAUAUGUUUCCUCAACGCUGUUGUGUUUGCAUGUUGGAACAAACCUUCUUUUCAACGAACUAUGUUGCGUUAUUUCUGCUCCAACCCAGCAGCCCGUGCUGUUUGUUGGCCAAUGUCUCUCUCAACUUUUAGCCAUUUUUCAUUUUUCCAUUUUGCUAUGAAUAUGUAUGUAUUACAUAGUUUCAGUUCUGGUGUUUGUGGAUCAUUAGGCCGAGAGCAAUUUGUUGCCAUGUACCUGAGUGGUGGGGUAAUAUCAUCACUAGCUAGUCAUGCAUUUAAAGUGGCUAUGCGAUGUCCAGGACCAUCCUUAGGUGCCUCUGGAGCCAUUAUGGCUAUACUUGGCUACUUUUGUACUCAGCAUCCAAAUGCUCAACUUGGAAUAGUCUUUAUUCCUGGUCUUAACUUUUCUGCAGAAACUGCUCUUAAAGCAGUAAUGUGCUUAGAUGCUGUGGGAAUGGCACUCGGGUGGCGUAUAUUUGACCAUGCUGCUCACCUCGGAGGUGCUCUCUUUGGACUUAUCUAUGCCUGUUAUGGACCAAAAUAUAUCUGGGCAAAUACCCAACCAGUUAUGAAAAAGUGGCAUGAAUUAAGAAAUGAAAUUAAUGAAAAGCUGGAAGGAAGCAAAACAAGAGAAGAAUAGAAAAUAUGGUAAAUUUAUAGAUCCAAUCUGUUUGGGUGCAAUCAUAGUCACUUGUAAACUGAGGGAGAUUAUAAAUUUUUUUUUUAGUUUCAUGUUAGGAAAAUGUACUUAAUAGUAAUAAUGGUGAAUUAUAGUUUGUCUUAUUUCAUAAUAAGAUUGUUAUAAGUUGUGAUUUUUUUUAAUUGUCUUCCAAAAUUCUUGGCAAGGAGUUUGCAGUUGGUUUAUAUCUUUGCUUAAUUUGGCUAAAGAGUGUGAAACAAAACGUCAUUAUAACCAGAUUUAUGAUUUAUUAAAAAGUCUUAAAUGUUUAUUGUACUACAUAUACAGUAGGCAUCAUAAGUAUGCAUACUCAUAAACAGAUCACCUUAUUUUGGUGGAAGAUGGCCAGUGUGGUAAGAAAGAUCACAAAGAAACAAGAUUGUACAUAAUCUAUUAUUUAAAGUAUAUAAUACUGCAAUAUGUAUAUGUUCCUCACCUAAACUAAUAUUUUAUAGGUUUAUCUUUCCUCUUGAUGCACUCCUUAAGUCUCCUAGGCCUUGAUGAAGCUAACUUAUGGAGGGUAGAAAAGGCAGUAUCCUCCCACAUCUGCUUCAUGGCACUCGAGAUUUUGGGGUUAGAGGACACGUUCAUGCCAGGAAGGUUACACAUAAUAUGGAUUCAAAUGUUCCCUAACAUGUUUAAGUCCAGUGAGUGUACAUGCCAGUCAUAAAAGUAUAGAAAACUCACAAUAAUGUAGCCAGUUUUUUGUCUUUAGCAGUAUGGCAAGGGUCACCAUCUUCCAUACAACAAUUAUCCUUGCACUUCUCGAAUCUGUCAGGUAAAUAGUCUGCUAAAGAUGUACAGUACUUAUGACAGCUAUUGUAUGUACAGUACUGUAGUACAUAAAGUACAAAAUUUGCAUUUUUGAAAUAAAGUUUUAUGAAGUCGUAGGCAUUUUUAUAUUGGCCAAGAAAGCCCCUGAUAGGGCAGACAUCAAAUACAGCCUCUCCUCACUUAGCGACAUACUUGUUUACCCAUGACUUGGACUUGCGACAGGCUCGCUAACCAAUAUGCAUACCUAAAUAAUGUAUAUUAGAGCUGAUUUCCUCUAUUCUGUUUAUUACAUUACAGUGGACCCCCGGUUCAUGAUAUUAAUCCGUUCCUGAGAGCUCAUCGUAAACCAAAAUUAUCGGAAAGCGAAUCAAUUUUCCCCAUAAGAAAUAAUGGAAAUCAAAUUAAUCUGUGCAAGACACCCAAAAGUAUGAAAAAAAACUUUUACCACAUGAAAUAUUAAGUUUAAUGCAAUAAAAUAAUUACAAUAACAAUAGAAUAAACACAAAAGAAUAAUUGACACUUACCUUUAAUGAAGAUCUGGUGAUGAUUGAUUGGAUGGGAGGAGGGAAGAGUGUCGAAGUUUUUAAUGUUUAGAAGGGGAAUCCCCCUCCAUUAGGGCUUGAGGUACCAAGUCCUUUUCUGGGAUUACUUCCCUUCUUCUUGUAAUGCCACUAGGACCAGCUUGAGAGCCACUGGACCUCUGUCACACAACAAAUCUGUCCAUAGAGCUCUGUACCUCCCGUUCCUUUAUGAUAUGUCUAAAAUGGGCCACAACAUUGUCAUUGUAAUAAUCACCAGCAUGGCUUGCAAUAGCUGUGUUAGGGUGAUUUUCAUCAAAAAAGGUUUGCACUUCAAGCCACUUUGCACACAUUUCCUUAAUUUUAAUAGUCAUUAGCACCCUUGGUCUCGAUGGGUUGGCACUAGAAGCUUUCUUGAGGCCCAUGGUGACUUAUUUUGCAGAAAAAAGUACCAAAAACAGUGAUAAUAUGGAUAAUAUAGAAUGUACCGAAUGUAUCCUUAGAUGUGCGCACACUGGCUGGCUUAUAAACACUGGACACGUCUCGUACGAAUCGUAUCGCAUACCGGGUUUUGUAACGGGAACCGAGUCAAAUUUUCUGCAAUAUAAUGCAUCGGUUACCGGAUUUAUCGGAUACCGACAGCAUCGCGAACCGGGGGUCCACUGUAUAUGGUACACUACUGUAUAAGAAUUUAAAAAUAUAUUAAAAAGUUAUAAAUGGUGCAAGGGUGACAUUAAAGCAGUAUCAAAGAUGGUUGACAUAAACCCACUACCAUUAUAGUAUGCCCCUUGUCUAGCAAUGAAUUCAUUUACUGACGCAAUAUUAGGAACGGAACUCAGUCGUUAAGUGAAUAGAGGUUGUAUAUUAUUUCCUUCACUUUUGGUAAUUGUCUAUAUUACUUUUAUAAUUAAAAUUUUCUUGUAUAAAUGAAACAGUUCCUUAUAUGUUAUGCCAUUAUAUAGGCUAUUGCAUUCUCCAUAAAAAAAAUAUAUUCUCUACUUUUUAAAUUGAGUAUGAGGCUCCUUUUGGGAAUUUUUUCAAAGCGAAAUGAUUAUAUUUAUUUACUCAUGGUCUAGACUGUUCUAAAGGCAUUGAAAGUCCUUAGCAAUAAACUUUGUAUCGUGAAAAUGUUUUGCUAUUUUCAAAAUAGUAUCUUGGUAGCUUUCUCAUGUAAAUAUGUACUGAGAAUAUUUUGAGAACUUUAAAAUUAAAUAAGGUUUUUGGAUUAUAAAUUCUUUCUUAAGUUCAUUUUGUCCAUCAGCAGACUGCAUUUAUGUUCAAAAGCUAAAUCAUUAUUAACAUGAUUAACACUGUCAUUAUCAUCAUCACUUUCAUACUUUUCAUUAUCAUGAUUAGCACAGUCAUCAUUAAUCAUUCUGCACUGGUGCGGUGCAUUCAGUGCUAGGCUUGGACCAGGAAUCAUUAGACAUGUUGGUUUCAGACCCAUAUCUGUCUCCAGGUGCUAGACUAUACAGCAGUAUCUGCAUUAUAAUUCUGUAUGUUAGUGUCUGCAUGGCAUUAGUAAAUGUCACCAUUGCCCAACACCAUUCAUGCUAAUGAGAUACGACAGUCUGCCUUGGAAAAACGUGUUGUGAGAAAUAACAGAUUUAUGAUAUUUAUUACAUUCAUGCACUAAACCCGAAGGGGUCAUUAAGUGCCUGGAGAAAUAGAAGGUAUAAAUUUAGGCUCAAUUUAAGGAAUUGGAGCACAGGUUCAAUUCCUCACCAGCAUCAAGGAGCUUCCCUGGAGGGAAUUAUCCUUGAUGCUGGUGAGGGGUUCCUGAUCCAAGGAAUUGUUCCUGUUCUCCUUUUCCUUAAAUCGAGCCUGAAUGCCUUCCAUUUCCCAGUUGUUGUAUGACCCCUUUGGGCUUAGCUCCACCCCAUGAAUUUAAUAAUUAAUGUUAUUAUAAACCUGUUGUUUUCCUUAACUCACAUUUUUUCAAUGCAGAUUGUCUUAUCUCAUUACCAUGAAUGGUGUAAGGCAAUGGAAUAGUAAUAAUAAUCAUGAAAAGUGCUAAACCUGUGAGGGUUACUCAGAGCUGACUUCAGAUUUACAGAGAUUUUUAAACAAUAAUUUUUUAUAGCUUUAAAAAACAUCAUUUUACAUGCCAGUAAAAACAGAAUAAAUACCAUAUUUUACAGCAUUGAAGAUACUAUUUUUUCCCAAAACAAGUCUCAAAAAUUUACCCAGCAUCUUGGAGGCCAAAGUACCAUUUAUCUUUUUUUUUUUCCAAAAUUUAGCCAAUCAGAAUUGGGGCACUCUUAAUUAACACUGGAGCGUCUUGUUUGCCGUAAAAUAUGGUACUGUACAUAUAACAUUCAACAAAAGAAAUUCAGAUAAUUUUAAGGCUAAAAAAACUUAGAUUAAAAUAUAUACAGCCAAGACAGGACUCGCAACAAUGGUUUCAAGUUGGAAAAAUUCAGAUUCAGAAAGGAUAUAGAAAAGCACUGGUUUGGUAAUAGAGUUGUGGAUGAGUGGAACAAACUCCCAAGUACAGUUAUUCAGGCUAAAACGUUGUGUACUUUUAAAAAUAGGUUAGAUAAACACAUGAGUGGGUGUGGGUGGGUGUGAGUUGGACCUGACUAGCUUGUGCUGCUGGGUCUGGUGCAGUGCUCCAUCCUUGAGUGGAGAUGAUCAGACUGGGUGGGUCAUUGGGCUAAUCUGGGGGGGGGGGUCAUUGGUCUAAUCCGUCGGGGGGGACAUGGACCUGCUCCGCAUGGGUCAGUAGGCCUGUUGCAGUGCUCCUUCUUUCUUAUGUUCUUAUGUUCUUAUAAAUUUACAACCCCAAAAAAAUACCCUUGGCCAUUAAAAAAAAAAAGUGCAAAUAAAAUCUCAGACUCACUGACUAUCUCUAGACAUUGAAGGCCACUGGACAGGCACCUAAAGUCAGUACCUGACCAGCCAGGCUGUGGUUCGUAUGUCGAGUUGUGUGUGGCCAACAGUAACAACCUGGUUGAUCAGGCCCUGAUCCACCAUGAAGCCUGGUCACUGACUGGGCUGCGGAGGCGUUGACCCCGAAACCCUCUCCAGGUAUAUCAAUAAUAACAAUAAUAGCACCAGUAUUAGAUAACUUGUAAAUCCCAUUUAACUCUUACAUGCACACAUUUACCAAAUGGCAAUACAAUUCACCAAGAUUACUUACAUCAUUAUGACAAUAUACAGUACAUGUAAUUCUUAUACACCUUGAAACAUUAUUGUAUAAUAAUACCUUGUUUAUAACAAAAGAGUAACAGCUCAUACAUACUGUACAUAUAUACAUGCACAUAUACUUAAAGGGGUAGAGGAAGGUUUGAGUUCUAGAGGCUUGAGUGGAGACAAGUUCAUUUUAUAACCUGAUGUGCAGUUGGAGUGUGAGCAGGAUAACAUUUACGAAGGGAUGUAGGGGAAGCCAGUUAGCUGGAGAUGGGAAGUACAUUUCUUGUACUCUAAAGGAAUGGUGAGGAUGUUGUGGUCUGGAGAGACAUCUGAACUGUAAUGUUUACCUGGAGUUUACCUGGAGAGAGUUCUGGGGGUCAGUGCCCCCAUGGCCCAGUCUGUGACCAGGCCUCCUGGUGGAUCAGAGCCUGAUCAGUGCACUUCUGGUAAGACAGCAAUUGAAUGAAUGUUGCCAAUGUGUUUCCUCAUUUUUGGGUCACUUCCUUGGUAGGAGAUGGCUGGCAUGUUAAAAAAAAUAUGGACUCUCCAUACAGAUCUUUGUUGUCAUUCCAGUAGUUAGCCUGAGUAUGGCUGGUAAUAUUGCAUCAUAGUUCUAUGGCUUAGUCACACCAUUCUGCUUGAUCUUGACUGCUAACUUGAAUCAGUAUCCCAGCUGCAGUGAGAACUCCAGUCACCUAGGAAGGUUUGCAAGUGACCAUUAAAACAUAAUAUGCCACAUCCACACUGGCUGGCUGGCUGCAGUGGAGUGAAUCUGCUAAUACGUAAUUUUUAACUCAACCUCCAUCUUCUGCCAAGGUUAUAGCGAACCAUAAAAUUCUUCCUUUGGAAGCCAUGCAUGUCAUUAAAGGUGACCAGUAAGGGGCUAGUUAUCCCAUUUUGUAUUUAAUUUCUAAAAAAAGUCAAAUUAGCUAAAAGUUUAUGAAAUAAUAUUAAUGAGUUUGGUGAUGCUCAGUACUCAGUCAUAUUGUGCUUGCUGUCAGAUAUUGGAACCAUCUGUAGAAAGUUUGCCAAUUUUCCAUCAUGGUGGUGAUUUUAUUCUUUGGCAAACCAGAAAUGCUGCAACCUCAGUGCUACAACCAUACUGAAGUGUCACAGUGCAUCUGUUACAAAAUUAAAUUUUUCAUUAAAAUGAGGUUUCAUUAGUAGCUUUUCACUGUAUCACAAUAAACAGUUUACACUGCUACAUGUCAACCAGGAACUAUAUCUUGAAUUGUAUUUUAACUAAAAAAGUAUUAGAAAUUAUGCCUUUGUUUAUAAGAAAUAACACCUUGAAGCUUGGCCACAUUAAGUUGUGGGGAAGAUUCUGUGGAGUGUUCUUGGUGACUACUGUCUUCCAAGUAUAGUCCAUGGACAUAGUGCCCUGCAUUUUCUUGAUCUUAAAUGAAGAGGAUACUUGGAGUAUACCUGGAGGGUGUUCCUUGGGGUUCAACACUCCUGUGGCUCAGUCCAUGACCAGGCCUCACAGAGGAUCAGGGCCUGAUCAACCAAACUGUUAUUGCUGGCCGCAUGUAAACCAACGUACAAACCACAGCCUGGUUGGUUAGGUACUGACUUUAGGUGUCUGUCUAACUCCCUCUUGAAGACACCUAGGGGUCUAUUGGUAAUCCCCCUUAUGUAUACUUAGAGGCAGUUGGGGCAAUCUUGGGCCCCUGACACUUAUGCUGUCUUUUAGUGUACUCAUGCUGUGGCUAGCUUUUAUUGCAAAGCUGAGUUCCUUCAAGGAGGAAAGUGCCUUUAUGCUGGCAAAGGACUUUCAAUCCAAAGAAUUGGAAUUACCCUCUCCUUCGAACAAACCAGUAUUGCUAUAUAAUCAUGCUUUCCCAUGAUUAUACAGUAAAAAUAAUCUAAGGAAAGAUAUAUCAUGUUAAUAUUUUGAUGUACUGUACUGACUAUGCCAUAAAGAUUUUGUUUGGGACUUAACCAAACAAAACAAACAGUAUACAAAAUGUUGUUUCACAUGUAAUAAAAUAUUGUUAAGCACAUAUUCCAAACAUGAAACUGUUUCAUUCACUUGGUAUGUUGCGAUAUUUGUCAGUGACAUUAUGUGUUAAUAUUAAUAUUUUGAUUAUGCUGUAAAUAUAAUUAUAUAUUUCUUUGA